GCAGCCCGCGGCCAGGUCCCGCCCCUUCGCUUCCCCUCCCCAGCACCAGGCGGGCGUGGCGGCAGGCGUGCCGACGCAGCGUGACUUCACAAGGGGAGGGGCGGGCCGAGGGUCCUGCCGGCGCGCGGGCGUGUUCUUCAGUCGCUGUUUGGGACGCUGGGCGUGCGGUGUUCUGUUUCUGCUCCCGUUUCGCUGUCACAGCCCGUUCCUUCCCGGAGCCCGGGACAGGCUGGGCGCGCGCCCGUGUGAGUGAGCGGGACUCAGGGCAGAAGUGUCCCCUCACUGCGUUUUUUUUUCCUUUUAUCCAAAGAACGGGGCAGUUAGUACGCUUGCCUUCCUGUCGCCGGGUUGGGAGCGGGGUUGGUGUGCGGAGUGGUUCGGCUUUUUUUUCUUUAGAACUUGUGAGCCUUUUUUUUUUUUUUUUGGUUUUUCUUUUUUUAGGCUCAGUGCUGUCCGGGCUGGUUUCCCCGGUCCCUGACUAACCGCUUUCUGCCCCUUCUCUCGCCACCCCUGCCCAAGGUCGCCCCUCUGCCUUCGCCCCUGUCCCGGGAGGGUGGGAAGCUUUGACCCCGCCCUGCCCACUCGCGUCUCCGCAGGCGUAGCCGCACCUGUCCCAAUAUGAAUAGGGUCAACGACCCACUUAUUUUUAUAAGAGAUAUUAAGCCCGGACUGAAAAACUUAAAUGUCGUCUUUAUUGUCCUGGAGAUAGGACGCGUGACCAAAACCAAAGACGGCCAUGAAGUGAGAUCGUGCAAAGUAGCAGAUAAAACGGGCAGCAUCACUAUUUCCGUGUGGGAUGAGAUCGGAGGUCUUAUACAGCCAGGGGAUAUUAUUCGGUUGACCAGAGGGUAUGCAUCCAUGUGGAAAGGAUGUCUGACACUUUAUACUGGAAGGGGUGGUGAACUUCAAAAAAUUGGGGAAUUUUGUAUGGUUUAUUCAGAAGUGCCAAAUUUCAGUGAACCCAACCCAGAUUAUCGAGGACAGCAGAGCAAAGGGGCACAGAGUGAACAGAAGAAUAAUUCCACGCAUAGUAAUAUGGGUACAGGUACAUUUGGACCAGUGGGAAAUGGUGUUCACACUGGCCCUGAAUUAAGGGAACACCAGUUUUCACAUGCUGGCAGAAGCAAUGGCCGGGGACUUAUAAAUCCGCAACUACAAGGAACAGCUAGUAAUCAAACAGUGAUGACCACAAUAAGUAAUGGCAGGGACCCUCGGAGAGCCUUUAAAAGAUGACCUAUGCUAAAUACUCAUGUGUAGUUUUUAUACUACAUGCCCUACUUGAACACUUAUUGCACUUUUAUUUAUUGUUAACUGUGAAAAGUAUGUCCUUUAUUGGGUUUCCUUUUAUAUUCUUGGUUUGUUAAGAAGACUGGUUUGUUUUUUAUAGCAAAACUGUUAAGCUGCUCGAGUCUCCUGUUGAAGAAUGGGAACACUGAAAAGUGGGGGCAUUUAUUUUUAGAGCAAAAAGAUUAUUGGAUAACCUCUAAAAAACCUGCACCCAUUUCAUGGGUGAGUUACUUAAGACAUCAGCUUUAUAGCCUCUAUGAGUCUAUCUUCUGUAUAAGUUUUGUAAUAUUUAACAUAAGGCUUAAUGGGAGAUGUUCUUUUGUCUUGUAUUCAGAUAUUGCCAACUAAAGCAAUAACCAUCAAAAAACACAAGAACUUGUCAAUGCUAGCAGUAAUUUUUGAGUGUUUGUGGCUCUUGGAAUGAUUGACUUUGUUCAGUGACUACCAUUAAGAUUUUCCAAGGACUGACUCAUCCCAAAUUUUUGUUGUAUUACCAAAAAAACAGAUUCCUUAUCAGAAUUUGGAAUAGAAUGUGAUCUCUAUUGCAAAAAGUAAUUUUAAAAGAAAGCUACAUUUAUUUUAGAGUAGUGCUCCUAACAUGUAUUACCAACUUUGUGGAUUACAUUGGAGGAAAAUUUAAAACUGGGGCCUUGAAUAUUUGUUUUUUGAAACUACCAUGUUAAAUACUGAAGUAUAAUUUGAGGGAGUUACAAAGUUAUGAUAAACAUUGAUCUGAUUAUUUUAAAAAAUAAUUGUGGUAGAUAAACAUACUGGAGGUGAGUCAAAUUGAAUUCAUAUAGUAACAUGCAGUCUUAAGUCCUAGUUACUUAACAGGUACUCAGCCUGGAGUGAAAAUCCUGGGUACUGACUUUGAGAGGGGUGAGUGUGCGUGUUGUCAAAGUUUCUGAACGCAGUUCAUGUAGCCUCAUUAGCAAAAGUUUUAAGAAAUGGCUCUAUCAAAGAAGCAAUUACAGCUUUAUUCAGAAAUAUAAAAGUGGAAUUUAUGUACAUGUCAUAAGUGGUACCCACUUCCCCUUUUUACUGUAGGUGGAUAACUCUUAGGAUUUAACUCUUUGAAUAUUAUCUCUUGAAUAAAGCGUGUGUUAAUGUUAACAAACCUACCUAAUUUUUGCCCUUUCAAUGACUUACAGUGGAGAGCCAGUACAUCUUAACUACUGUUGUAGUGAUGGUAUCAACCUUAUGGUUACUUAGCUCUGCAUUUGUUGCUUUGUUUUUUUUCCCACUUCAAAUCACAAAAUAAGUAGAUUUUGUUUUCUGAAAACUCCACAGCAUUUGAAUACAAAAAGUUGUGCCAGAUUGUUUGCCCUAAUUCAGUGUGUUUAACAAAUAUUUCAGUACACACUAUGUAUUAGGCCCUGUGUGGAAAGUGUUAAGGGGCAGACAAAAUACUGAAUAAUCUCUACAAGUUUAUUUGUGGUCUAUAGUACUUUUGUAACUGGGGUUACAAAAAUUAUAGAAAUUUUUUUUCCUUUAUUUAUAUGCAUAUUCAUGAUUAUAAUUUGGCUUUGUUUGUGAUUAAUGUUUUCUUAAGAUUUUCACAUUAUGGAAUACCUCAAAAGAAGUUGUCUAAGGAUUGGGAUAGAGAGUAUGUUUCAUAAAAUUGUAGAUGUUUAGAAUUUUUUAAAACCCUACAAAUUAGUAUAUGAUUGUUUUAUAUAAGUAAGAUAGGAGCAACACUUUAAAUUAUUUGUGGGAGAAUACGGCAUUAAAGGUGAUUUUAAAAGAAAAAA